CAAAAGUACAUCUCUUGCUUUUUUACAAGAGGCAAACAUGGUGCUUACUAAAGAAUACCGCAUACCAUUACCAUUCACCUUAAAGGAGUACCAAAUAGGACAAUUAUAUAUGAUUGCAAAAGCAAUCAAAGAAGGUACCAAAGACUCUGGAUAUAUUGAAACUUUGGUUAAUGAAGGCUUCGAUAACGAAAUUGGACAGGGUCUUUAUACACACAAAAUCAUUCACUUGAAGAAACAAUUACCGUCUUAUCUUCGACUUCUCUCAAAAAAUACUACUUUAAAAGUCGAAGAAAAAUCAUGGAACAUGUUUCCGUAUACCAAGAGUGGUGCGACUGCAUGCUAUGAGUUUUGGCUGUUAACUAAGAAUGACUAGAUCUACCAUAUUACUAAAUCAAUUUUUGAACUAUAUCUUGGAAUGGGAAAUUAUGAAACUAUUUGGAAAAUCAGUAUACCAUUCAUCUCUUUUAGGGAGACAUUUCAGAAUGUCGUUAGAGACACAUCACGUUGCUGAUGCAGGAACAUCUGAAAAUGUACAUAAUUUGACUAAGGAUGCACUAGAAAAAAGACAAGUCGAAAUCUUAGAUAUUAUAAAUGCACCUGAUGAAUACUUCGAUGACAAGACUUUCGAUUUGAAAAAGUUUAUUCCAAAGAAAAUCAAUCGAGGACCGUUGACCGAAAAAUGGAAGAAUAGCGAGCCCGUGAUCUGCGCAUAUAAACUAGCAACAAUAGAAUUCGACCUGAAGGGUCUUGGGCAUCGAAUCGAACCAAUGCUACAUGAAUUUUUGAAAAAUAUUGCCUUAAACAUGUAUAGACAGGUCUACCUGUGUAUAGAUGAGUGGAUUGAUUUAAACUUCUCAGAAGUUUUUAGCUUAGAAAAAGAAUUUGAACUGAGCAGGAAAAAAAAAACAGAAUGUGCAAAUGUUGAUUGGAUCAAUAGAGAUAAAGAUAACAGAGACAGGGAUAGCUUUGGACAAGUCAGAGAGCAAAAAAAAAAUCUAUAUUUAAAUCGAGGAUACAGCGCUUCAGAAACAUGACAAGAGCAAAAUUAUAAGUAUCUUGUAAGCCAAGAAUGUAAAAAAUUUAAACAUGCACAAAAAACUCUUUUGAGAUGGAUAAUCUAGACCAGCAAAAACUAUUCUCGAUAAGAUAAAAAUAUCAAUCUAUAUAUCGGUUUAUCAAAACUAAUCAACUAAAAAGAACUGGACAAGAUAUGAUAAAAAACAAUGAAUUAUCAGUUUUUUAGAGCCAAACAAAUAGGUUAGGAUUGACAAAGGUAAAAGAAUAUUUAGUAUUUAAAAUAAGUAAAGAAGUAUAUUAUGCUACACAAAGUCGCAUUCGUGCCCGAGUGG